AUGUCGGAAUCAGUCAUACAGCGGCUGGACGACACGCGGAACGGCCCCGAGUCGCUCAAGGUCGAGGCUGACAGCGAGAUCGAGAUGCCUCUCGCUCCACUACACCCCGAUCAGAUCACCACAGACUCGCUCAAGAAGCUGCAGUCAACCAACGAGCGCCGUGUGCUUGAUGUAGUCGACAAGCUCCGUCGCAUUGGCCUUAACGGCACUAUCGAGUUGCCACAGCUAGUAAUCACCGAGAUACCCUUCCCGCGGAAAGCUGGCUUGUGCACGCGCUUUGCGACUGAGAUCGUCCUACGACGCCAGCCUACAAGCUCAGUCACAAUCAAGAUUAACGCAAGCAAAUCGCGCUCAUCCAAGGAGCGAAAGAAGCUAUCCACUUUCACCUGGACAGUUAUCGACCUCAGCGAGCUCCCUCUAAUUGUCGAAGAUGCCACAGCGGCAAUGGGACUGGGCAAAAUUGGCCAAUCCGCGGCGUUCUCUCGGGACAUUCUCAGUAUUGAGAUCUGUGGCCCUGAUCGUCCUCAGCUCACACUCGUCGAUCUUCCCGGACUCAUCCACAGUGCAACGAAGGCUUCCACAGAGGCGGACAAAGACUUAAUCUUUGGGCUUGUGCAGGAGUACAUGCAGAACCCACGCACGAUUAUUCUUGCUGUUGUGUCUGUCAAGAAUGAUGCCGCCAACCAGAUCAUUCUCAGCUUGUUCAAGAAAAUGGACCCCAAAGGCUCUCGCACGCUCGGUAUCAUCACGAAGCCUGAUUGUCUGAGCGCUGACGACGAGCAGUCCUGGCUUGAUUUGGCUAUGAACAAGGAAGUCUUCCUGCAGCGGGGAUGGCAUGUGGUAAAAAACAGAUCGGAAGGAGAAAUGCAGUACACAUUCGCGCAGCGCAACACUGCGGAAGAUGCCUUCUUUGCGCAGGGACAAUUCAAGGACCUAACCCGUACUAACGUAGGCAUUGAGACGCUUCGCGACCGCCUGAGUAACUUACUGCAUCGUCACUUGGUACAAGAACUACCUGCGCUGAAGCAGGAGUUGAAGACCACUCUGCGCGAGACCACGGAGCAAUUGGACAGCCUUGGGGACCGACGCGAAACGCCACAAGAGCAAAAGAUGCUGCUGACGACGAUCAGUCAGAAGGUCAACAUCAUACUGAGAGAUGCCAUCAAUGGUAGUUAUGUUGAUCCCUUUUUCGAUGAUGUUGAGCUAGACGAACCGACUACCGUGGGUAGAAACGUCCGCCGGUUCAGGGCACUUGUCCAGGACCUGAAUUCUCGCUUCGCUGAGAACAUGCGCCUACGAGGCCACAAAUACGUGACGCCGAGUUCCCAGAUCAAUGAAGAGCCGGCGCCACCCUCAUCACCUGUGUCCGAAGAUGACAGUGAUGACGAAGACGACAGUGACGAUGAAGACGAGGAAGACGAGGAAGGCGAGGAGGACAAUCGUGAGGUUGAAGCCGAGGCCGUCUCUGCCAAACAUCACGACAAUGACCUCCCGGAACCAGAAAUCUUGACAGAUGAGGAGUACCUAAAUUGGGUAAGGAAGGUGAUGCUGCGCUGUCGUGGACGGGAGCUUCCUGGCAGCGUCAACCCCGAAGUUACCAGUCAUCUCUUCUGGGAGCAGUCUAGACCUUGGAAGGCGCUCGCCGAAGAUCAUGUCGAGCAAGUGCGCAGCAUGGUCAAGUACUUCAUCCAGCAGGUUCUCGAACAUGUUGCACCUGCGGAGUUCAAGAAGCCGCUCGAAGAGCUAGUCGUCAAUGUCGUCCUAGAUGAUACGUUGGGAGAUGGCCAGGAAGAGCUCCGUAAGCUUCUGCAAGAUAAGGCGCGCCAUCCCAGCACCUAUAAUCAUUACUAUACCGACAAUGUUCAGAAGCGCCGCCAACAGAAGUACGAAGCUUUUGUCAGGGAUGCACGUCAAGCUGCUACUUCAGGCACAGGCCACUUGGAUCACGGUCGAUUCAAGACUGAGAUGAACAAAAGCGUCAGUCGUGAUAUGGAGGUUUUCAGCGCCGAAGAAACGCUUGAGAGCGCCAAGGCAUACUAUAAGGACGAGAUGAAGUACUUCAUCCAUGCCGUUACCAAACAGGUGAUCGAGCGAUGCAUGAUAGAACCUCUUAUAAGUAGGAUUCUGAGUCCAACUGGCGUUCAAGCUAUGACGGACGAAGAGGUCUCCUUCAUAGCCGCUGAGCCUCCCGAGAAUAUGGCACAUCGUGCGUUUCUGGAGGAGCGCAAGCAGAUGUUAGAGAAGGGUGAAGAGAUCUUCCGUGGGGCGAUGGGUGGAGUGAAGCGAAGCAGGAGUCGUGCAUUCGGUGUGUAA